UGUUAAGCCCCUCCCAUUGUGCUGAUAGCCCCGCCCCUCCGUAUGAACCUCUGUUUGAGCUCACCCUGCCACAAGUCGCCAAGCAGUUCAUCACGAGGAAGACACAGAAUGCGCUGCAGAGCGCCACAGGUGAGCAGGAGAACGACAGAGAGGAGGAGAACGUGUCCAUGUCUCCUCUGAAGGCUUUAGACCAGAUGAUCAUGUAUGGAUCUGAGGCCCACGAAAGCCUCAGCAAGAGGUGGUCAGCAGCAAACAAGCUUGUGGAUCGGAGUAACUAUGGAGGUAAACAGCAGAGCAUGAAAACCAAAGGCCCCGCCCCCGGGGAGGAGUCUCAGUCCCUGAGGAGUCAGUUGCUGUUGGUUCACAGCCAGCUCCAGUACGAGCGCUUCAAGCGCCAACAGCACGCCAUCAGAAACCGUCGUCUGCUGCGCAGAGUCAUCAACACUACAGUGCUGGAGGAACACAGUGUUGCCAUGAAGGCGCAGCUGGGUGUUCAGGAUGAGGAGAUUCGCUCGCUGAAGUCCAGUCUGGAUGAAGAACAAAGGCGGAAUGCAGACCUGCAGCAGGACAUGCGCAUCCAGACUGACCGUCUGCACGCUCAUGUUCAGCAGCUGCUGCAGCGGCAGCAGGAAGAGCAGCAGGAAAACCAGAGACUCCAGGGGGAGCUUCAGGACAGUCAGAGCAGGCUCAGAAACCUGGAGGCGGAGCUUCAGGGAGCCAGCAACAAGGCCUACAACGCAGAGCAUCAGCUGACCCAGCUGUCACUGAAGCUGUGCAGCAGUGAGCAGCUGCAACAGCAGAUCUUCCUCCUGAACCAGCAGCUUCUCCUCCUGAGGGAAACCAACCGAGCUCUGAGCGAGCAGCUGGAAGACAGAGCCGCACACAACUGGACCGAAGUGUCUAUGCUGCAGUGUAGUGUGGGUAAAGAGUUCCAAAGGCUCAAGGACAGUGACGUCCAGCAGAGACAGAAGCUGGAAGCAGCCAAUCACAGGAUAGCAGAGUUGGAGAACCAGCUGUCCAAGAAAGAACAGCUGAUCCUGGAUCAGAAGAAGCUCAUGGAGGACACCAAAAACCAGAGCAGGAUGGAACUGCUGGCCUCAGAGAGCCGCUGUGAGGCGCUGAGGAGAGUCACCCAAGCUCUGCAGAUGGAGAUGCUUCACCUGUACGGCCUGAUCCACCUGGAGCCACACGGGGGCAGCGAUGCUCACAGUCAGACCACAGACGGCAGGCCCAACAGCAGCUCCAGCCGUUCAUCCGUGCCUCAGGUCUCCUCUUCCUCAGCUGUCAGCAUCAUAAAUGGCGCCGUUGAGGCUCUAUCUACCUCCCCCCUGCACCUUCCCUCCUGCUCCUCCUCGCCGCUCUCUCUGUCCCCCAUCGACUCCCCCUUGACUGUCGGGUCCUUUCUGGAGCAGCGAGCGCGGGAGCUCUUCAGACCGGUCAAUCAGAGCCAAGAAGACGAGGAAAAAGAGGAGGAAGAGGAAGAAGCCCAACCAGCAAGCCCAUCUCUGGGUCAGGAGGCGGAGGAAGCCACUCCCCUCCCUGAAUGUCCGCAGGAGGAGGCUGCUGCUCCCGACUCGCCGCCCACCGCCCCACAGAGGAGACUUGGCAUCAUGGAUUACGACCAGUCACUGCCUGAAUUCUGAAGAGUGGGAGGAGCCAGCUGGAAGUGAGCGCCUCAGUCAGUCGGGUUUAUUUCACUAACACAAGUGAUGUGAGCAGAGGACCCCAGUUUGAAUGUAAUCAGAAGCUGCUACAUGAAACUGAUCCUGAGGGGGUCACCCACUGCUGCUACUCCUUCAGAUCAGCCAUGCUUCCAAACAGGCGUUGGUGCUUCAUGUUUGGUUUCUUUGCACGUUUUCCUGCCGUGGUUGCACUCAAAAGUGAUAAACAUUUUACCUUCAUUUCUUUCUGUUCUACCGCACAACAGUUUCUUUCAAUUGUUUACCAAUCUGCUCACUUUUAAUCCUGAUCCAAGAGUCACCUGAGAGAAUCUGGCAUGAGGUCAUGGAGGGAACGUUUUUAAGAUUUUGUCUUUAGAUGGAGCUGGAAACAGUGAGAUGAUUUGUGUUAAUCUGCUAAUCGUGGAAUAAGCUAGCUCAUUUGUUGGACAAACCAAAGAUGUGUUGCUGCUGAGAUGCAACUGGACACAGCCGUGUUGUUGAUGCCAUUCUGAAUCAAGAUACUGUGAAUUCAAACAAUAAACAAUCUGAAAUGUAUCUGUU